CUUUCUCCCAAAAACAAAAUCCAACCUCCAACGGUCAGAAAACUCCGUUCUCUCUGCCUUCGGCAGUUCUCCCUCUCCUUCUCUGCAACCUCUAAUGGCGAAAACUGCCGGCUCUCUCUCUCCGAUCUUCUCGCCUCAACCCUUUCUCUCUCGGCGCUCCGAUUUGGCGUAAAAUUUUCUGUUUCUUAUUUCAUGAUUGCUUUCUGAAUUCUGUUUGUCAUCGCUUUUGGGCAUUAAUUUGGUGAUCAAAUCUUCAGUUAGGGUUUAUGUGUUUAGGAGUUUGAUAUUUCUGCAGGAUGCCUGCUAUUUUUUUCCCGUUUUAUACCAGUUACUGGUCUUUUACAUAGUCAGUGGACGGGAAAGUAUUAGGGUUUUUGUGAUUCUGACUAAUUAAUGCGAAUUUCUAUAUGAUGGUAACUUAUUUUCUUUGGGGAUGAAUUCCUAGUUUGCGUUACUUAACGAUUCCAUACUCUCUGUUUUUUUCUUCAAUUUUCCAUAUGAGUGUCUAUUCACCAUGCAAUGCAGAAUAACUAGUUUGUAGAGAGCACCAUCGGGGCAGCAAAAAUUUUUAUUGGAUACAUUUGAGUCUGUCCUCUGCCAUGUCCUGCAAUCUGUAUGACAGACUUGUUUCUGUCUGCUCACUGCAAUGUCCUCAGUACUCUUUUCCUAGAUCUGAUUGGUGGGUCCUAAAACCCUGUGGCUGUCUUCCACAAGAUCUGAUUUAGUCCAUUGUCAUACUCAAGUUCAUUUAAUGGAAUAAGCUUGAUUCACAGUAGAUACAGGAGUUGCUUGCCUUUUCUCAUUGACCAAAAAAAGCUUGCUGGGGUUAAGAAUCAAACACUGAGCCUACUAAUUAUUUCUUUCUGUUUUGAUUUGAUUGUUAAUGAGUUUCAUUGAUUUGGUUUAUUGUGCAACUCACUUUUCUGUCUGGUUUAUUGUGCAAUACAGAGAUGAGUAGGUCUUUUUGUGCAAAGCGUUAGUGUUUAGAUCUCCUUCUCCUUUUUUCUUUUGAUUGUUGUGUUUUUAUUUUCAUUUAUUAUGAAAUUGUAUCAUUAGACCUGCAGUGGAUUGGGAUUUUUCUUUUUGUAUUUAACUUUAAACUAGUCAUGUUACUUCACAGACACACACUCUAUAACACAGAACAAAGUCAAGUCUCAGCA